GUACCGAAGGAUUAUCCUCAAGAAUUCUUUGACAGUCCUACUGAUUAGUGAUCCUGAAACCGAUAAGUGUGCUGCUUCAAUGGAUGUUGGAGUCGGCAAUUACAGCGAUCCUGAAGGUUUAGAAGGCCUUGCCCAUUUUCUAGAGCAUAUGCUGUUUUAUGCGAGUGAGAAGUAUCCAGAGGAAGAUAGUUACUCUAAGUUCAUCACUGAGCAUGGGGGUAUCACAAAUGCCUUCACAUCUUCUGAGCAUACCAACUACUAUUUUGAUGUCAAUCCUGAUUCAUUUGAAGAAGCUCUGGACAGUUCUUUAUCAAACCAUUGAUGUCGCCUGAUGCUACAACAAGGGAAAUAAAAGCUGUUGAUUCAGAAUACCAAAAGAAUCUUCUAUCUGAUGGUUGGAGGAUGAACCAGCUGGAAAAGCAUCUCAGUUCAAAAGAUCAUCCUUUCCAUAAGUUCAGCACGGGUUUGGAGUCCAAUCUAUGAUUUUUGUCAAUUUGAUUCUGCACCACUAAUUUUUGGGCAUGCCUUGGAGUUAAAGUUUUAUCUCGUUGAUUUGUAAAAUACCAAGUUAAGCUAACUUAAUUUCACUAAUUCUGGUGUUGUGUUUUGAUGCUUCGUCCUUCUUUCCUUAUUGAUAUCUUUCGUGUCUAACAUUUCCUGAAGAUUGCUUAGAAAAUCUAACAGACAAACAUUGGGCCUAACCUGUAAUGCUCCUGCUCAAGAUGUAUGUAUUGUUGAUAUCACUCUCAAUAGUGCUGAAAUUUAAAUACCAAAAGUUCUAGAAGUUCAGCAUAGAAAAGUAGAGUAUCUGGUCCAUCUUAAGAUGAAAGCAAAAUUAAAAUGAGAGAUACUGAUAUUUUAGAAUAUGUAUAUAAGGUGGAGAUGCAGUUAGGUUAUGUGAAAGCAAUACCAUGUGAGAAACUCGAAAAGAAGGCAUAUAAUCAAUUUUCCUUUUGGUAUGUGACCUAAUUAUGUCUGCUUGAGGAACACCUAUUUUAAUAUGUUCCUCUAAACAAUCUUUGUCUUUAUCUAAAAUUUCAGUUGUCAAAACAGUGUUCCAAGCUCCACAAGAAGAUAAGAAAUCCACUUUCAUGUCUGUGUCUUCCGGAUCUUGCAAUGGAAGUUCUAGGCAAUGUCAUUUCGGAAAAAAGAAAAAAAAAAUAAAGACCAGAAUAGUUUUUAUAGGUCAAUAAUGUGAUUCAAAAUUUGUGGCAUUGUUAAUUCUUUGUUUUACUCAAUCAAACAUUCAGUGACAUGAUCAUUGAGAAAAUAUCUGGAAGAGAAGUAGUAGACUGAGAAUAAAACAUUUUUAUGGUCAUAUAUGGUUCUUUCUUUGUCUUUCGUCAAACUUGUAGGCAACUGGAAUACUUUAGAGGUGCGGCCAAAAGAAAAAGGACUAGAUACAAGGCAAGAGCUCCUCAAGUUCUAUAAAGAAUAUUAUUCAGCUAACAUUAUGCAUCUAGUUCUCUAUGGAAAAGACAGCCUUGAUAUCUCCCAAAAGCUUGUUGAGAAUAAAUUCCAGGAAAUCCUCAAUAUUAAUAGAAGUCAUGUGCGUUUUAUUGGCCAGCCUUGCUCACCAGAAUACCUUCAGAUUUUUGUGAAAGCUGUUCCGAUAACAGAAGGCCACAAGUUGCGAGUAACAUGGCCAAUAACUCCGGGUACACUUCACUACAAGAUGGCUCCAAGUGGUUACCUGAGCCACUUAAUUGGCCAUGAAGGAGAGGGAUCUAUUUUUUAUAUUUUAAAAAAGUUGGGUUGGGCAAGUAGUUUAUGGGCUGGGGGAUCAGACUGUGCACAUGAAUUUGCAUUCUUUCAAGUAGAAAUUGAAUUGACAGAUGCUGGUCAUGAGCACUGUCAGGAGAUUGUGGGGCUGGUUUUCAAAUAUAUUGACCUCCUUCAGCAAUCCGGAGCGCAGAAGUGGAUCUUUGAUGAGCUUUCAUGUAUGGGCGAGACACACUUCCAUUAUCAAGACAAAAUUCCUCCAAUUGAUUCCAUACUUGGCGUUUCAUUUAAUAUGCGGCUAUAUCCUCCAGAAGACUGGUUGGUGGGAGCAUUGCCUGAGAAAUUUAAUUCUGACAUUAUUCAAGUACUAUUGGAUGAGCUCAAUUCAAACAAUGUAAGAAUUUUCUGGGCAUCUAAAAAAUUUGAAGGGAAUACUGACAUGUCUGAACCCUGGUAUGGAACCUCAUUUUCUGUGGAGAAAAUAACCAGUUGUCAGAUUCAGCAAUGGAAGGAAAGUGUUUGUGAGAAACAAUUGCAACUGCCAGCUCCAAAUAUGUUCAUCCCUUCUGAUCUGUCUCUGAAAAAUAUACUGGAUAAGGCAGGUGUUCCAUUCGUAUUGAGGAAAUCACAAUAUUCAAGGUUAUGGUAUAAGCCUGACACAGCAUUUUGCUUUCCAAAGGCAUAUAUCAAGAUAGAUUUCAACUGUCCACAUUCAAGAGUUUCUCCUGAAUCAGUAGUUCUUACGUGCCUUUUUUCACGUUUGGUAAUGGACUACUUGAAUGAAUAUGCUUAUUAUGCUGAUGUUGCUGGUCUUUACUAUGGAGUUUCCAACUAUUAUGAAGGUUUUCAGGUGACUUUGGUUGGAUAUAACCACAAAAUGAGGAUCUUACUGGAAACAAUCAUAGAAGGAAUAGCUAAAUUUGAAGUAAAACCUGAUAGAUUCUCUGUAAUGAAGGAAUUGCUCAUCAAGGACUACCAAAACUUAAAAUUCCAACAGCCAUAUCAGCUGGCUAAAUACUACUGUUCAUUAGCUCUACAAUACCCAACAUUUCCUUGGAAAGAUGAACUUGAAGUUCUUCAUCAUCUUGAAGCUGAUGAUCUUGUGCAAUUUUAUCCUCUGAUGCUAUCCAGGGUCUUUUUAGAAUGCUUUAUAGCAGGAAAUCUGGAACCAACUGAAGCAGAAAAAAUGGUCCAGUAUACAGAAGAUAUUUUCUUCAGUGGUACUCGGCCUAUAUCUGACGCUCUGUUCACAUCUCAGCAUCUGACACACAGAGUUGUUAAGCUAAAAAAGGGCAUAAAUUAUUGUUAUGCUACUGAGGGCCUAAAUCCAAGUGAUGAAAAUUCUGCCCUUGUCCAUUAUAUCCAGGUGCAUCAAGAUGAUUCAGUGAUGAACAUAAUGCUCCAGCUUUUUGCUUUAAUUGCAAAGCAACCUGCUUUCCAUCAGCUCAGGACUGUUGAGCAACUUGGUUAUAUUACUUCACUUGCACUACGGAACUUCUCUGGUGUAUAUGGAGUGCAAUUUAUUGUUCAAUCCACUAUCAAGGGACCCAGGCAUCUUGAUUCAAGAACAAAAGCUUUUCUGAAGAUGUUUGAAAAUAAAUUAUAUGAAAUGUCCAGCCAUGAAUUCAAGAGCAAUGUCAAUGCACUCAUAGAAAUGAAGCUUGAGAAGUUCAAGAACUUACACGAGGAAUCUGCAUUCUACUGGUGCGAAAUUGCCAGUGGUACCCUCAAAUUUGAUAGGAUUGAACACGAGGUUGCAGCACUGAAGCAGCUGACGCAAGAGCAAUUCAUUGAUUUCUUUAAUGAACGUAUAAAAGUUGGUGCCCCUAGAAAGAAAGCAGUAAGUGUGUUUGUCUACGGAAACUCACAUUUGUCCGAGUAUGAAGCAGAUAAAAGUGAGCUUGUUGCACCCGAAUUCCUCCAGAUUGAGGAUAUCUGCAGCUUCAGGAGGUCUCGCCCUCUUUAUGGCUCGUUUAAAGGAGGCUUGGGCCACAUGAAAGCUUAAAAAUUUCAUGUUACUACCGAAUGAGUAAACUAAAGGUUGUUUGCAAUCUUUGAGUGGCUCACCAAAAAGAGAGAAGGGAGAUCUGAAGUUGAAGAAAUGUUCUAAUUCCAUUUCACAAAACCUGCACCAAUUGCAACUAUAUACGAGUUCAAGGCAAUUCGAGUUCCAGUAACUUCCGGUUCUGCUUCAACCACUAUGGGAGUUCAAAAUGUGACUCGAAUAGUCCCCAAAUCCAGCUUACUAGAGAUUUCAAUUAGGUGAUCUCACCUAAUUCGACUUUCAAACUCUCCCUUAUCCCUUAGCUGCCUGCAUGUUAGAUUUUCCACAUCACUUGUUACAUUACGAAGUCAUUCACUUGCCCGUUGACCUGUUUGGUUUAUUCUAAAUUUGGGCUAUAUUAAUUAACUUUCCUUCUCUUAGAAAAUUUAAGCAUGGAUGGCUAUUUGCUAGAUACCAUUUUGAAGGAUGUGGUCAAAUUAUUGACUAAGGGUCUAUUUGGGGUUGAAAAGUACUUUACCUAAUAGAACCUUUAAUAAAAGCACUCAUUAAGUGUUCAAGUACUUUUAAGUA